AUGCGCACACCGUCGCUGUACAGCCAGGACGACCCCAUCUCCGCCGCCCUCAAGCCCUCGCCGACAGAGACCGAGCUUGAGCGUCAGGCGCGCCUCGAGGCUGAGGCUGAGGCGAAGAGGAUUUCGGAGCAGAUUGACGAUGACCUGAGGGAGGAGAGGGAGCGUCUCAAGCGUCGCAAGGGCGAUGUCAAGUUGCUGUUACUCGGUCAGGCGGAGAGUGGGAAAUCGACGCUGCAGAAGCAGUUCCAGCUGAUGUAUAAACCGAAUUCACUUGACCAGGAGCGCGCAUCCUGGACGACGGUCAUCUAUUUCAACGUUGUUCAUUCGCUGAAGCAUAUCUUAUCGACGCUGGACGUUUGGGAGGACUCGUUGGACGGUGCGGAUGUAAACUAUGACGACUCGGCACGCCGGACGAAUGGUUCGACAACGCCGAGAGACGAGUCGGCCGACGGGCCCAAGAACAAUGCUGUUCAGAUCGCCAAUUUGCGGAGAAGAUUAUCACCUCUGAUCGCCACGGACGAGCAGCUGGCGAACCGGCUAACAGGCGGUAUCACGGUCUCGGGGUCUGGCAAGGGUUCGGUCUAUGUGCGAUCAGGGUGGCAGGCGCGGACGAUUGAGAAUGCUUUGGGCAAGGUGCGGAGGCGCCCGUCGGGGGAGGAGAAGAAGAGUCAGGAGGGGCUUGUGCAUGAGCACCAAGACCCGCUGGUGCAGGAAGUCGGGAGGAUGCUCCAGCUUUGCGAAUCUGAUAUCCAGGAAUUGUGGAAUCACCCCACCGUCAAGGGUCUCAUGGCCAAACGCAAACUCAAGCUCGACGAGUGGUCGGAAUUCUUCCUCCGAGAUAUACAUCGUGUUGCUGCACCGGAUUACAUCCCAACGACCGAUGACAUUCUCCAUGCGCGAGUGCAGACGAUGGGAGUAGCUGAGCACACCUUCGAUGUCAAUCUCCAUGGCAAAACCGUCACAUGGCAUCUCUACGACGUCGGCGGUGCGCGGGGCCAGAGGCAUACAUGGGUACCCUACUUCGAUGAUGCGAAUGCUAUCAUCUUCGUCGCACCUGUUAGUGCGUUUGAUCAGUACCUGGAAGAAGAUCCUCGGACAAAUAGGAUUGACGAUUCGCUGCAACUUUUUACCCAAAUUUGUUCGAAUGCGUUGUUGAAGAACGUUCACUUGGUGUUGUUCCUUAAUAAGACGGAUCUCCUUAAGGCCAAGCUCGAAAAAGGUCUCAAAGUGAAGAAAUAG